AUGGUGGAGGACGUAUGGGUGGGAAGCUGGAGGCCCCAUCGCCCCCGGGGGCCCAUCAUGGCCCUCUACAGCAGCCCCGGGCCCAAGUACCUGAUUCCACCUACCACAGGCUUUGUGAAGCACACGCCCACCAAGCUGCGUGCACCCGCCUACAGCUUCCGCGGGGCCCCCAUGCUCCUGUCGGAGAACUGCUCCCCAGGGCCGCGCUACAGCGUGAACCCCAAGAUACUGAGGACCGGCAAGGACUACGGCCCUGCCUUCUCCAUCCUGGGGCGCUACCACACCAAGGCCGGGCUGACCCCUGGCCCGGGCGACUACUUUCCGGAGAGAUCUACCAAGCACGUGUUCGACUCAGCGCCCAGCCACUCCAUUUCCGCCCGGACCAGGACCUUCCGCGUGGACAGCACCCCAGGCCCCGCCGCGUACAUGCUGCCCGCCGUGAUGGGGCCGCACUCGGUGGGCAAGGCCUCCCAGCCCUCCUUCUCCCUCAAGGGCCGCAGCAAGCUGGGUGGCUUCAGCGACGACCUGCACAAGACCCCAGGCCCCGCAGCCUACCACCAGACCGACGUGCAGGUGACCAAGCUGAAGGCUCCGCAGUACACCAUCGCUGCUCGCGUGGAGCCCCCCGGGGACAAGACCCUCAAGCCAGGGCCAGGGGCCCACAGCCCUGAGAAGGUGACCCUGACCAAGCCCUGCGCCCCCAUCAUCACCUUCGGCAUCAAACACUCCGACUACAUGACGCCCCUGCUGGUGCAGACGGACUAGCCCCGCCCCUCGG